AUGGAUAAGUUAAUACGCGAACGAAAAUCGUUGGAACCGCGUUUGAAAAGAAUUUCGGAUAUAGUGGGAAAAAUAAAGCCAGAUGAAGUUGAAGAAAUUGAUCUUCAAACAGAGUUGGAUGUUUUGAGUGAAGUGUGGAUGGCGUUUUGUACUGUUCACAAGAAAAUUCUGGAUAUGUGCGAGAACGAAUCAGCUUACGAUGACGCUGUACAACGUCAAGGAAAGUUUGAAGAAUUAUACAUAGCAUUGAAAAAUCGUUUAUUAAAAAUAUUGAAAGUGGUGAAACAACGUGAAAAUCCAUCGUCUUUCGAAAGACCUGCCACCCAAGAUGUAAUCAAACAACUAGCAGACCAGCAGGCCCAGUUUCUGCGUAUGAUGUCCGAUAAUAUGGCUGCCUCGUCCUCUUCCACCGCGGUCAUACGGUCUGAUCCAUCUCCUGCGCUAGACCUGAAGCUGCCUCAGAUGAACAUGCCUGUCUUCAGUGGCGAUUAUCUUGAGUGGCAGUCAUUCUACGAUUUAUACGACAGCUUGGUGCACCAAAACCAAACGCUGAAGGACAGUCAAAAGCUCUAUUUUCUGAAAACAAAUCUCGCUGGUGAGGCAGCUUCUUUGGUGUCGCAUCUAAAAAUCGAAGAUGCUAACUAUCAACCGGCGUUGGAGAAGCUUAAAUCAAGAUAUGAUAAGCCACGUGAAAUAGCCAACAAGCACAUCCAACGAUUUCUAGCACAAUCGACACUUACAUCAUCGUCCGCCACUGGUUUACGAGCUCUACAUGAUGUCUCUGAUGAAGUAAUUCGAGCACUUAAAGCUAUGGCUAGAGAGGAUCGUGACACGUGGCUUCUUUUCAUACUGAGUGAAAAGGUGGAUGCUGAAACAAAGCAGCUAUGGUGUCAAAAGACAGCAGAGAUGGAGGAAGCAAAUAUAACUCUGCAAUGCUUUCUCAAGUUUAUUGAAUCUCGUAGUUUCGCACUGCAAUCAGCCCAGCAUUCAACGAAACCAAAACACGUCGUACCCUUCAAACAACCUUCAAGGCCUCUUACUAGAGGAGCAUCUGCAUUCGUCGCCACAAAUCCUCCGCUUUGUAAUGCUUGUAUGAAACAAUACCAUCAUCUUUAUCAGUGUGGUAAAUUUCUACACAUGAGCUAUGAUGAUAGAUUAACUUACGUCAACAGUAUGCAAUUGUGCAAUAAUUGCCUGAAAACACACUCGGGUGAAUCAUGCAAAUCCAGCACAUGUAGAAAAUGUAAUUUACCUCACCAUACUUUGUUACAUCCAUACAAUUCACCAACCCAACCGAUCGUUAUGUCUCCUGAUCACCUUGUCCAGAUAAAUUCUGGGCCAACCGCUCAAUCGUUGAUAUCGUCGUUCGACUCACCAACUUGUUUGGAUGCACCCAACGUUCUCCUCGCUACCGUUUCUAUCAACGUUUCGGACAAUCAUGGACAUCAGCAUGCCUGUAGAGCCAUUUUGGAUAGUGCAUCACAAGUAAGCUUCAUCAAUGAGAGCUUCUGCAAAACACUUUCUCUUCAAACCCAACCCAUUAGUAUGGACCUUGAGGGAAUAUCUGCUACACCAGCUCAUGCCAAUAAGUGUACAGAUAUUGUUGUUUCCUCCCGCUGUACUGACUACCGCACAACCGUUCCUUGCAUUGUUCUGGAGAGAAUCACCCGAACGCUACCGAGCAAACCAAUAUACAUCCAAGAUUGGCCCAUCUCAGGAUCGAUAUAUCUAGCUGACCCUCUCUUCAAUUGCCCUGGCAAAAUAGAUGUCUUGCUCGGCAUUGAUCUCUUCUUACAGUUACUCGAGCCCGGAAAAAUUUCUCUCAGUUCGGACGAUAGCUUACCAACGCUUCAAAACACGAAGUUUGGAUGGGUGGUCGCUGGCCGUUAUCGGGAUGCGAGUUUGAACGUAAUUGAGAAUGUAUAUCCCUCAACCUGCCUGCUAACUUCGGCUCAUGACGACCUCUCUUUGCAACUGCGCAAGUUCUGGGAAAUAGAAGAGUACGCAACAACAGAUAAGCAUCUCACUGAAGAAGAGCAACGAUGUGAGCAGCAUUUUGCUGAGCACACUACCAGAGACAAAUCGGGAAAAUUCGUCGUAAAGCUACCUUUUUUGUCAAACCCGAAUCAACUUGGCGAUUCUAGGCAUAUUGCUGAAAGAAGGUUCUAUCACAUCGAAAGAAAGCUCGACCGAAACCUUCAACUCAGAAAUGAGUACCAUACGUUCAUCCGUGAAUACAUUGAACUCAAUCACAUGUCUUUAGUGGGAAACACUAGCACAGAAAUUCGUUCGAUUUAUCUACCACACCACUGCGUUGUAAAAUCGACAAGUACCACAACAAAAUGCAGAGUCGUUUUCGAUGCUUCGGUAAAAACCUCAACUGGACUCUCAUUAAAUGACGUACUCAUGUGCGGUCCUGUAGUUCAGGAUUCUUUGAUCAACAUUUUGAUUCGAUUCCGCUUCUCACCGAUCGUUCUUGCAAGCGACGCGAAACAAAUGUAUCGCAUGAUAUGGUUGAACGAGCUUGAUCGAGAUCUUCUUAAAAUUCUAUGGAGAUGGUCUAAAGACGAAACUGUGGAGGAAUAUCGUCUCAAUACCGUUACUUUUGGAACAAAAUGUGCAUCCUAUUUAGCCACAAAGUGUGUUCAACAGCUGUUGGAAUCCUAUAGGGAAGUGUAUCCAGCGACAGUAACAAAGGCAGAGAACGGCAUAUACGUCGAUGACAUUUUAACAGGUGCAUCUUCCGAAGAAGAAGCCAAGACACUAAGAGAGGAACUUACUAAAAUAUUUGCCGCUGGUGGAUUCCACCUUAGAAAAUGGGUGUCAAAUUGUACCUCAGUCCUGGAUGGUGUUCCAGAUGCCGAUCUUGAAGUGAAAAUUCUAAUCGAAGAUGAUUCUAACAGCACAGUCAAAGCCCUCGGAAUGCAAUGGCAGCCGUGCAGUGACGAGUUCCAUUUCACCUACAAAUCAAAAGAGAUCCUUCAGCCCACGAAAAGAACUAUCCUCUCGCAAAUUGCUAGCCUGUUCGAUCCGCUUGGCCUCCUCGCCCCGAUAAUUGUGAAGGCAAAAUUGUUGAUGCAACAAAAGUGGGAACUGAAGGUGGACUGGGAUGCAACUCCCCCCGAUUCCACGGCGCGUAAUUAA